CGACCCGCAGUGGUUCAAUAAGUGGCGCGACUCAAAACCCCAAAACUAGGGUUUUCUUUUUUAAAUAAUUAAUUUGUCAAAGGAUAACGUGCGGUAGUAAUUUUCUCUUUUUCCAUACCGUAGUCCACCCCACAGCCAUCUCUCACUGCGCUGGCAGCACUCCCCCGGGUGCCCCCAUCUCGUCUUUCUGUUUUCGUCGGUCUCCUCUCCUUUGGUCUUGUUAUUCUUUUCUUGGAUUUGGAUUUUUGGGAGCUUUAGCGCCAUGGCUGGUAAAGGUGCCAACACUUCCGCUACCAAGGGAAAGAAGAAGGAAGUAAAAAAAGAGACCGGCCUGGGUCUCUCUUAUAAGAAAGAUGAAAACUUUGGAGAAUGGUACUCUGAGGUUGUCGUUAACGGGGAAAUGAUUGAAUACUAUGACAUAUCUGGCUGCUAUAUUCUGCGUCCAUGGGCAAUGUCAAUUUGGGAGAUCAUGCAAACAUUCUUUGAUGCUGAAAUCAAGAAAAUGAAAAUUAAGAACUGCUACUUUCCUCUGUUUGUAUCCUCUGGUGUCCUACAGAAGGAAAAGGACCAUAUAGAGGGGUUUGCACCUGAGGUUGCAUGGGUUACAAAGUCUGGAGAAUCUGAGCUGGAGAUGCCCAUUGCGAUCCGUCCAACUAGUGAAACUGUCAUGUAUCCAUAUUUUUCCAAGUGGAUUAGGGGGCAUCGAGACUUGCCUCUCAGACUUAACCAGUGGUGUAAUGUUGUUAGAUGGGAAUUCAGCAAUCCUACCCCAUUUAUCAGGAGUCGUGAGUUUCUUUGGCAGGAGGGGCAUACUGCAUUUGCAACAAAGGAGGAGGCAGACACUGAGGUGCUUGAAAUUUUGGAGCUCUACAGACGCAUAUAUGAAGAAUUCUUGGCUGUUCCAGUUAUUAAAGGCAAAAAAAGCGAGCAUGAAAAGUUUGCUGGUGGACUUUAUACAACUACUGUUGAGGCUUUUGUUCCAAACACUGGACGUGGUGUGCAAGGUGCAACUUCGCACUGUCUGGGUCAAAAUUUUGCAAAAAUGUUUGAGAUCAAUUUUGAGAAUGAGAAAGGAGAGAAGUGUAUGGUCUGGCAGAAUUCAUGGGCAUAUACUACCAGAACGAUAGGGGUGAUGGUGAUGGUUCACGGGGAUGAUAAAGGAUUGGUUCUGCCUCCUAAAGUAGCAUCUGUCCAAGUAAUUGUGAUCCCUGUACCCUAUAAGGAUGCAAACACUCAGGGGAUCUUUGAUGCAUGUGCGGCCACUGUAAAAACCUUGAAUGAAGCAGGAUUUCGUGCUGAGGCUGAUUAUAGAGAUAAUUAUUCACCUGGGUGGAAGUAUUCACACUGGGAAAUGAAAGGUGUUCCCCUUAGGAUUGAAAUAGGACCCAAAGAUUUGGCAAAUAAUCAGGUGCGUGCUGUGCGACGUGAUAAUUCAGCUAAAUCUGACAUACCAAUGGCUGGUUUGGUUGAAGGAGUGAAAGAAACGCUUGAUAACAUCCAACAAAGUCUCUUUGAUGUCGCCAAGCAAAAACGAGAUGCCUGCAUUCAAGUUGUAAAUACCUGGGAAGAAUUUGCGGAAGCACUUGGCCAAAAGAAGAUGAUUCUUGCCCCAUGGUGUGAUGAAGAGGAGGUGGAGAAAGACGUGAAGGCCCGCACUAAGGGAGAAAUGGGUGCAGCUAAGUCACUCUGCACUCCAUUUGAUCAGCCUGAGCUCCCAGAAGGGACCUUGUGCUUUGCAUCCGGAAAGCCCGCAAAAAAGUGGACCUACUGGGGCAGGAGUUACUAGUCAUUGUUUUCAAUGUAUACUUGGAUCGCACUAUUGUGUUUUAUUGCCCUAAAUGCUGAUAGUGAUAGGCAAUUUGAGUUUAGUGAUUUUUGAACACCUUGUGAAAUAUAGCAUUUGCCUUUUGUUUUCUUGAAUGUUUGUUUUACUGCAGAAGAUGUAAUCAAAGACGUAUCCUUGGAUGAAAACCGACUAUAUACAUAGGGAUUCUGACUGUCUUAUAAUGGUA